AUGGCUGCAGACGCCGUGGCCGAUGUCCCAACCUCGCUCGACCAAAUAAACCAGAUAAUUAAAGCCAGCUCUGAGCACGACAUUCGACUUUUGCAGCAGCACCUGGACACUUUUUCCUUUGAAGGUUGUAAGGCUGUUGACGUUCAAGAGCCUGAACGUGGAUAUACACCACUACAUGCUGCUAUCGCAUCUUGCGCAGCUGCCACCAACGGAGCCCAUGAUCAUGCCAAACAUGACGCCAGCGAUAGAGAGACACAAGCCUACGAGACUAUCAAGGUCCUGUUCGAGAACGGCGCAAUUUGGAAUCAGCUGGACCGAGAUGACGAGACUCCUGGCUGUAUGGCGCACAGAUUGGGCCUAGAGAGUUUGUAUCAAUUGAUGGUCGAUGCUGGAGUUCGAGCAGAGAUGCUGUUGAACCGACUGGAUGAGUAUGAGGAGCUUGAAGACCUCGAAGAUUCAGAUGUUCAGCCCGAUACGGUUGAGGCUGUCAGCAACGAGGACACUGAUGACGCCGAUGCACCGCAGCUAGUCGAUGGGAGCGAUCCAGAAGGCAAGGCAGAAGUCCCGUCGGCUAGCGAACCCACGACAGGCGAUGUGCAGUCAUCUGCUUACCUUUCGUCGACUCUCUCCUUAGAUGAUAAGAAACUGCUGGACGAGUCACAAAAUGGAGUAAUGAUGGCUUGGGAGAGCGGCAUAAUGGCGAGGUCAACAAAUGCCCUUCUUCCCUCACCUGGCCUCAAGAUCUUGAAUAUUGGUUUCGGGAUGGGCAUCAUUGAUUCGUACAUUCAAGACCAUAAAAACAAGCCAGCCGAGCAUCAUAUCGUCGAAGCUCAUCCUGACGUGGUCAAAGACAUGAGAGUCAAAGGCUGGUUUGACAAGCCAGGAGUCAAAGUCCACAUCGGCAAAUGGCAAGACAUUCUCCCUGAAAUGACGGGUGAAGGACUGGCCUUUGAUGCCAUCUACUACGACACUUUCGCCGAAUCUUAUCACGACUUCAAGGAUUUCUUUUCGGAACAUGUGAUUGGCCUACUGGAACAGGAUGGUCGAUGGUCGUACUUCAACGGUAUGGGUGCGGAUCGUCAGAUCAGUUACGAUGUGUACCAGAAAGUCGUUGAAAUCGAUCUGCUUGAUGCCGGUUUCGACGUCGAAUGGACAGAUAUCGCUCUGCCGGAUCUCGGGAACGAAUGGGAAGGCGUCAGGCGCAAGUACUGGAACGUCUCGAGCUAUCGCCUACCGGUCUGCAAGUAUCUGGAUUGA